AUGGCCACGUUGACUAGACCGAAAAACCAUGAUCUGGGAGACCAGUUGAGCUCCAACAACCAUACGAAUGUGGAUGAAGAGGAUUCCAGACAUCGCGGCAUAAACUUCUUUUUGCCAGCGUUUUCGGCUCUGUGGCUAGCAGAAGAAGAUGUGGGUCAAGAUAAACUAAUUGCGGAUUUGGUGAGUGGUGUCGUUGAAGAGGACAGUCCUCAUAUCGAGAUGGUGUUGGAGGAUGGUCAACUUGUUCCUGAAUCUGACAGUCGUGAUAGCGAAUCACCCCCGGAUCCUCUUAAACAGCUUAUCCGUUGCUUCCAGCGUGCAGCCACUAGUGAGGAAAGUCAGGCUGCCCCAAUUCACGAUGAUAACCUAUAUAUUCGUUUUGCCGACGUAAUGUCACAAUCUAUCCACAUUGAAGAAGAAGAUGGUGAUGACGGUGACGAUGCGGAAAUUGAUCAAGCGCAAAAAGAGGAGCAAUCUCAAGCACUCCGCGCUGAACAGGGUGUGCUAGCGGAUCGAGGAGCGGCAAUUAUGUGUCUGAUGUAUCUAUCAGCAAGUAAUGGUGAACCAAACGACAUGGUUGCUCGUACACUCGAACUCGGCAUUCAUCUCCUCUCAGGCGGAAACGUUGACAUUCAGCGGAUGUUGAUCGAAUAUCUUCAACUGAAAAAAGAUGUCCGCUUCUUCACUUCAAUGGCCGGUCUCAUGAAUAAGUGUUCUGUUCUGAAUCUGGAAAUGUUUGAACGUCAAAUCAAGGCCGAAGGUCUUGGCAUGGGAGCAGAGCUGGCGUCCGGAGGUAAUCAGAACUUGAACGACGCCGAUUUCACGUGCUCACUAUUUCGGUUCCUACAGCUGACCUGUGAAGGCCAUAACCUCGACUUCCAAAACUACCUUCGCACACAACCAGGCCACACAACAAGUGUGAAUUUGAUCAACAGCACAGUCGACUAUCUUCUCCGACUUCAGGAAUCCGUUAUGGACUUUUACUGGCACUACUCUAGCAAGGAAGUAAUCGACGAAGGUGGAAAGGAGUACUUCUUACGAGCGAUACAAGUAUGCAGUCAGGUGUUCAACACCCUCACUGAGAGCAUUCAGGGACCAUGCGUUGGCAACCAGAUGACGUUGGCGAAUUCACGUUUAUGGGACGCCAUUAAUGGUUUCUUCUUCCUGUUCGCCCAUAUGAUGGAGAAGUUAUACAAAAACUCUACUCAACUUGAAUUACUGCGAGAGUUUUUGAAUCUUCAAAAGGAUAUGAUUGUUCUGAUGCUUUCUAUGCUCGAAGGUAACGUUCUUAAUGGACCAAUCGGAAAGCAAAUGGUUGACGCGUUGGUUGAGUCACAACCGUCUGUAGAGAAAAUUCUGAAAUUCUCGGACAUGUUCCUCAAAUUGAAGGAUCUGACAACAUCUCAAGCAUUCCAGGACUUUGACACGAACAGAGAUGGUUGGAUCAGUCCAAAGGAGUUCCAGCGUGCCAUGGAAAGUCAAAAAAUGUACACAGUGGAGGAUAUCACAUAUCUUAUGAUGUGCACCGAUGUGAACAAUGACGGCAAAGUGGACUAUAUGGAGUUCACUGAGAGAUUCCAUAAUCCAGCCCGAGACAUUGGUUUCAACCUGGCUGUGCUGCUGACAAAUCUCAAGGAACAUAUAACCAAUGACCCAAGGCUGGAGAAAAUCAUUGAGAAGGCUCAAACCUUAUUGGAAUACUUCGAUCCAUUCCUGGGCAGAAUUGAAAUUAUGGGCUCGAGCAAACGUGUAGAAAAGAUCUAUUUCGAGAUUCAGGAAUCUUGGCUAGAGCAGUGGGGAAAACAACAGAUUCGCGAUUCGAAGAACUCAUUCCUGUUCAACGUCCUACAGGAUGAUGGCGGUGAUCAAGGCAAACUCGAGGCGUUUAUCAAUUUCUGUGAGGACACGAUUUUCGAGAUGCAACAUGCGGCUGAAAUCUCGUCCGGUGAUACGGACUCAAAAAUGGAACGUGCUAUGAAACAGCGAGACUAUUUCUUGCAGCAAAGCAGUGCUGGAGAGCAAAUCUCCCAGACGUUCAAAAGCGGCUACAACUACGGUCUGACGGCAGCAUCUGCAUUACGACCGGAAAACGUUAAACAGACUUUCAAAAAAAUCAGUGGCCAAGUACGUCAAAUGACAUGGAUGCAGUUACUCUGGGCGACUACUCUAAUAUUGUUCCAAUGUGGGAAGACAUUCAGCUACGCUGCCUAUCUACUUUUGAUGACACUGUUCCGCUUUGCAUACUUCCUUACUUCACCUGAUCGCACAGAAGAGGAAGAGAAACCAAAGGCCCAUUUGUAUACCAAUCAACCGAUUUUGCCCGAUUUUCAUCCUACGCACCUUGGAGUGGACGCUUUUGGUUUGAGCGCCGAUCAACUGCCUACGCCUAACGCUCAAGAGAUUCCGCAAGUCGUAACAGAAGAUUAUACGACUUCCGAUGAACCAACGACAACCAACAAUAACAAGACUCCACCAAAUAUACCCACACCACCGCCAAGUGGACCAAAAGCACCAAGGUUCGAAAUUUUUUGA